UCAGUCGACAGCCACACCCCGUCAGCAGCCGAACAGUGCCACAUCAGCAGUCCUCAGGCCUGGUCUAUGCUCACACACUUACAAACAGCCGGCAUGGAUCAGAAGUCCAGGGAAACGGCCGAGGCCUAUCAGGCCCGGAUGCUGGCUUUGAUUACCGAAGCCAAGAAACGGUCGGAUGAGGUAGCAGCCACAGAGAAGAAGAAGGCAGAGGAUGCCGAGAAGGCACGUUUGUUGGCAAUCGAACAGCAGCGCCAACAAGACGAGGCAGCAGCAAAGGCUGCCGAUGAAGAACGAAAUCAACGACGCGAGAAGAUUUUCAACGGAGACUCUGAUCGCCUCAAUGCAUUGGAGAUCGACGUCGAAACCCUCAAGGACGACACGCAGCUACAACAAACCGCCACGCAACAACUGGAGCAGCGGAUCUGUGCUGCCGCCUCCACACCGAGUUCGACACCGCGUGAGACGACUCCAAAGUUCGAUGGUCAGGAGAUCUUCUGCGAUUCAACGAAGACGAACCCGAUUUCGUGGUUCCGCAAGUCCGAGCUCAAGUUGCAGCUACACCACGUCAGCGAGGACAAGCAUCACGCGUACUUAUACUCCCGGUCGGGGGCCGCGUACCAAGCAUGGUUGGACAAUCUCUUGUCCAUGUACGGGGUGGUAGUUGCCGACUUGUACACCAAGAUCAGGUGGGAUGAUCUAAAGGCGGUGUGGGAUAAGCAGUUCCAAGUAGAGCCGUCGGAGAUCAAGGCAAUGGACAAAUUGUUGAACUUCGAACAAGGCACGCUGCCAAGUGUUGACUGGAUUGCCGAGUACCAACGCUUGACAUCCGUCCCAGACAUUCAGAUGGGCUUCAAGGCCGUCAAACACUACAUCACGAGGUCGUGUCCAACGUCGGGCAACGCCUUGACUCAUGUCGAGGACACCCUGACGACGACGGCAGAGCUUUUUGACAAGCCCGCGCAGAUCAUUAUCACGAACAAGGAGGCCACAAACCUCAACCGUUCGUCUGUGACAGGCCCGAGCAGAGAUCAGCAUCAGCCGAAAGUGGCCGUGGUCGCGGCGACAACGCCAACCGACCCUUCUAGCGAGGCGGUGUCUACAAAUGAAGGGGACAGACUCGCAGCCGCCCGAGAUGGUGGCUGCCCCGGCAAAGGCCGAGGACACGGCAAGACGAAGACAAACACCUCAUUUAUCCUCGGGCCCGGCGCAGCAGCUCCAGCCCCAUGGUCUCACUACGGUCUCUCGAAACGUGCGUACAAGCUACGCACGAGAUUCCGCUAUUGUCUGUGGUGUAACAGUGAUCUCCACGACACAGUGGGUUGCCCGUCGAAAGGCAAGGGCAAGUCGGGAAACUGAGCACCACUGGGAGUGAAUCAACAAUACUCUCGAUG